UCGGGAACCAGGUGACCGCAGCAAGAUGGCGGCGGAGGCUGCGCAGUAACAACAACACCAAGACGCUGGCGAUGACGUUUCAGUGCAACAAGGACACCGCAUGCCCCCCCCCCCCAUCCCACAAAGCUCCACGAUGCCGAGGGGGUUUGGUACGGCGGAACACAGACCAUAACGAUGCGGAUUAUCACGUUACACCGUCGAAUACUCGAUGUUCUCGAGCACGCAGAAGGAUGCCUUCUUGAACCAUCCACAGAUGUAUGAACCGAGGGGUCCUCCUGUUCUAUAGAUGUCUGGGACCUGUUCAUGGCCUCCAAGAAGAAGAAGCAGAAAGGAAUGGUGUUCCAUCAGGAAGGGGCCACCACCCCGGCAGCGGCGCCGGCCGCGGACCAUCCACCGGCACGCUUCGUUGUCCCCAAACCGGGCAAGGCAAGCGAAGGCGGCACGGAGCCAGGAACCGGUGUCACCCAUAAAGAGGCCGACGCGAUGGGGAAGCCCAAGGUGUACCCAUCUAAAGAAGCCAUCAGGACUUGUGAGGGUCUUCCUGCCGUGAAGCAUCCUGCCGGUCCGGACAACCUAUCGCCUGACAGCAUCCGCGGUGGGAUCAGGGUCACCCUGGACAACAACAGCAUGUGGAACGAGUUCUUCAGAUGCAGAACAGAGAUGAUUCUGACUCAGCAAGGCAGCAGGAUGUUCCCCUCCUGCCGCUUUCGGAUCUCCGGCUUGCAGCCGUCAAGGAAGUACUCGUUGGUCAUGGACGUUCAUCCGUUGGACAACAGUCGUUACAAGUGGAACGGCAAGACCUGGCAAGUAGCUGGAAAGGCAGAAAGUCCCGUUAAGAGUCAACCAUUCGCUCAUCCAGACUCCCCGUCGGCCGGCCAACACUGGAUGCAGAGUCCAGUGUCCUUUUACAAACUGAAGCUCACAAACAACAUUUCAGACCAAGAGGGGAACACCGUCCUGCGUCCGCUGCACCGCUACCUGCCCCGGCUGCAUGUGGUCCAGUCCGACAAAGCUGCUAAAGACAUAAAGCUGAAUGGUCCUAGUGUCGUCACGUUCACCUUCCCUCAGACUGAGUUCAUGGCCGUCACUGCUUACCAGAACUCCCGGUUUUCUCAGCUUAAAGUCGACUACAACCCGUUUGCCAAAGGACUGAAGGAGGAGGGCUCCGGCUCGCUGGGCCUUCUGAGGCUGAAACUGAACUCUGGCAAAGACUCCCACAAAGACGGAGACACAGCAAACAGCGAGCUGCAUCCCGUGAAAAAGAGCUUGAAGUCUCUACUCGCCAACCAUAAACCUAAAAGCUCCAAACCAAUGGACGCAAGGCCUUCGGGGUCAGGUGACCUCCAGAACAAACCCACCACAGAAGAAGAUCAGGCAGCGGUCAGUGGGGAAAGCUUGUGCAGCAAUCCUCGCCCAGCGCAGAAGUUAUUCUCUGAACUUAUUCGGGAGGCUCACGUCUCACUGCACAGAUGCAACCUGGAGCAGUUGGGCAUCAAUAACACCACCCCUCACAGAACUGAGCGGACCAACUCUAAAACCACAGCGUUGAAGAGCAAAGAUGUUCCCAAAAGGGAAAGCAUACCCGGCAGAACACAAAGAGAGACAUCGUCUGCAAAGACAGCUGACACUGUCGUAACAAAGAGGAAGGUUAAGAAGGAUAAGGACCUUUUGAAUUCAUUAAACUGCAAAGACAAAAUUAGGACAGAUUGUUCUGAGGUCAGUAAUGUUGUGACCCAGAACUCCUCAGUGGACUCGGACUCCCAAAGUAAGCCCAAAGUGCCACCAGAGGAAGUAAAGAAGCCUAAACGGCUGGCGCCUCUACCAGCCCUGGCUCUGUUCUUGAAGCAGCAUUCAACAAAAUCCAAAAUGGCCAAGAGCAAAAUAGACCCUCCUGCCUCCGAAGCUCCUGCAGAUCCACCUUCUGAUCGCGCCAACAAAGUAACUAAUUCCUCAAAGGACCUCACUGGAGAGGUCCUCAACCAGGCCUCUGGACACACUGAUGCACAUCUUCAUCCAGAUAAAAUGAAUGUAACUGGACAAGUGGUUGGAACUGCCUGUAAGCCUCCGAGUCCUUUAUGUCCAGAUGCUGUUGUCUCUACAGACUCAAAGACCCUAAGUUCCCAAGAUUCCUUGGUUGUCUCUACAGACCCAAAGACCCUAAGAUCCCAUGGUUCCUUGGUUGUGUCUACAGACGCAAAGACCCUAAGUUCCCAAGGUUCCUUGGUUGUCUCUACAGACCCAAAGACCCUAAGAUCCCAAGGUUCCUUGGUUGUCUCUACAGACCCAAAGACCCUAAGAUCCCAAGGUUCCUUGGUUGUCUCUACAGACCCAAAUACUCUAAGAUCCCAUGGUUCCUUGGUUUUCUCUACAGAACCAAAGACCCUAAGAUCCCAAGAUCUCUUGGCUUCUGUUUCUGAAAGCACAGGCCCCGAGCCGACUGUUACACAAGUGUUACCCAACUCAGAUUUGCAAUUUUGUAAAGCUAGCACAUCUAUAUCUAACAUUUCCUCAACUCUUACUACCUCUUCUGUAUCUCCUAUAUUGUUGCCAGUGUUACCUAACCCUGCCCCGAACUCUCCACCGACGCCAACCAUCCCCGAGUCACCCACGCUACCUUCACAAUCAUUAACCAUGAAGUCGGAUUCUUUGCUCCCUGACCCGGAGUGUUCUUCCUUUGGGUUUGAGCCUUUGUCCCCUGCGAGUUCUCCAGAACCGUUGCCUUCCCUGCCCAUCUCAUUGGCGUUCGACCUCGACGCCACGACUUCUGAAACCACUCCAAAACCAGGACAUCCCGAAGAGUUCCAGCCCUGCGAAGACUCUGCAUCUGUGUUCAAAUGGCACACGGUGUUACCUCCACCGGAGCCGUACGAAGACCCUCCGUUCACAUUUCAGUCCCAGGCUCUCCCUUUAGCGUCUGUUACGCCCCCUUUGUUUCAGUCCCAGACCCCCUCCCACCUUGAACCCCAGACCCAUGACCCCUCCACACCCAUGCCUCCCUCUGAUCCCCCUCCGUCAUUUCAAGAAAGCGAGCAGUCGCUGCCCUUCCCCGCAGAACUGUCCCCCCUCGCGCUUCAGUUGCCGCUGUCUCCAACCUUUUCGUCGUUAGGCGGAGACGGGUUGUCGCCUACGCCUUCGCUCGCCGACCUCGUGCACUUUUUCUCCAUCGAUGACAACCUCGGGAUGGAGGUGGAGUUUGCGGGCACAGAGCCGUUGCAUGGUCCCUCCCCCCCUCCGACUACAGUAGAAGCAAAUGCACCUGAGCCUUCUCAGGAGGUGGAACCGAGCCCCGCCAACAAACCCUGCAAACGCAAGAAGAAGAAGACCCGGCGGCACAAGCUCGCUGAGACGGAUGUAACCCCAGAGGUGGAUGCCUCCAUCUACACCAAGAUGCAGCCUAACCUGGAGGAAGUGGAGGAGCAGUUAUUUAUCUCUUUCACAUCCAAGGAGGCCCUCAAACGCCACGUUGUUGACUCUUCUGAUGUCGCCCAACAGCCGGAGACGGCUCCUGAAGGUCACCUGCAGCCAGGCGCCGGCGCACCGGGAAACGAGACGGACGGGGGUCUGGAGGAGACCAUCGCUGCCUCUGAGAAGAUCCUCCUGAGGGACCUGAAGCUGAUGAGACAUCGCCAGGUGAUCCACCCGGUGCUGCAGGAAGUCGGUCUGAAGAUGAACCUGUUGGACCCGACUCUGGCCAUCGACCUGCAGUACCUGGGGGUCCGCCUGCCCAUCCCCCCCCCCGGAGUCUCUCUGGAGCCGCUGACCCCGGACCUGCUGCCGCCGCCGCCACAGGGUGUUUCUGCAGCGUUCGUGUCCAGAACGGGAAAAACCACCGAUGUGACUCAGAUUAAAGGUUGGAGAGAGAAAUUCACUCCGUCUGAGGCUCCGCCCACUCCGACGCCAACACCAACCAAACCUGAAGGGUCCGACGUGCAGAAGAAGAACCUGUCGGCGUUCUGCAGCGACAUGUUGGACGAGUACCUGGAGAACGAAGGGAAGCUGAUCGACGAGCGCGCCGCCAGCUUCUCUUCUUCUAUGGUGGAGCCGCUGGUGUACCAGCUGCCCACGCGCAGCACCAGCUACGUCCGGACGCUGGACAGCGUCCUGAAGAAGCAGAGCUCACCCACAUCAGACCUCAUCUCUGGGUUCAUCCCCCCCUCCAAGAGACCCAAACCGCCCCCCAGGGACAGGAAGGCUGCCAGAUGUGAGUCGAGUGCAGAUGAGACCAGAUGUGAGACCAGAUGUGAGUCGAGUGCAGAUGAGACCAGAUGUGAGACCAGAUGUGAGUUGAGUGCAGAUGUGAGACCAGAUGUGAGACCAGAUGUGAGACCAGAUGUGAGAUCAGAUGUGAGACCAGAUCUGAACCCCACCCGGAGGUCCUGGUCCCCACAAUCCCGGUCCCGGGUCCCGGCGGUCCCAGUCCCAGCGGUCCCAGUCCCGGCGGUCCCGGUGCCCGCGGAGUUACCCCAACCCUUCACUGAGAGUAAGAAACCAAAGAAACCCUUUAAGGUCCGGUUCCACCACACAGAACCGCUACCGCCGUCUCCAAAACUCAAGAAGAAGAAACCCAAGACCUCGUCCCGGACCCUGAGCCCCCUGAGCCCCCUGGGGCCGCCCGGCGUCUCCGCCGACAUGCCCCCGCUGGAGUCGGACUCGGAGCUGGAUGACGCGGGCAGGAGGCCCGGCGCCCCCCUGAUGACCCGCGCCCUGCUGAGGCAGAAGGACCUGGAGGACGGCGCCGUGUGGGAGGGCCGGCAUCGGACCUGCGUCACCGAGGAGAGGGCCGCCGUCGCUCUGACCUCGCUGUUCACGCUCAAGGGUUUUGUCUCAGAGAACCCGACGGCUCCGAUCCAGCUGGCGGGCAGACGGCCCCCCCCCUGCCUGGGGGCGUGGUGCCGGCUGGGCUGCGUGUGCCCGUCUCUGCCCCCCCCCGUGUGCCGGGGGGGGCACUGCGGGCGCCCCUGCAUGUUCGGCUGCAGCUGCCUCAAACAGAAGGUGGUGCUGCUGAAGAACCUGGACGGGUCGGACUCCAGCCCCCCCGAGCCCCCUGGGCCCCCCGCAGGAAGAGGAAGAGGAGAUGAAGAUGGCCUACGUCCUGAAGGAGGCGGACAGCGUUUCCCAGCCUGCCGAGCGGGUCCGGACCCUGUGGAGGAGAGAGACCCCGACCCAGACCCGAUCCACGCCCCCCCCCCUGUAGCCCGGCCCCGCCGCGCCGAGAGGAGGGAGGAGAGGGGAGAGAGGAGGGAGGAGAGCAGCAGCUGUGCCAGAGUCCGAGGGUUCAGAGGGAGGAAGAAGAGGAAGAGGAAGCAGAUCCUCCAGGACCCCCCAACGGGGACGCCUGGACAUGUGAAGCCUCCCAAAGCUCGGCUGGGGUCUCUGAAGCAGAGAGACCUGACGCUGAAGGACUCAAAGACCAAGUCCUCCACUCUCCUACCAGCGGUCCCCCCGGUCCCCCCGGCCACCGAUCCGGCCCCGAAGCCAUCCAAGCGCCUGGUGAUCGUGGCGGACUGCACGUGGGCGAGCGAUGCCGACCGUAACCACGUGUUGAAGCAGCUGUGCGAGGCGAUGGCUCACGACCGCCUGGGCAAGGCCUUCUGGAUCCAGGACUACCUGAUCAGCCCCCUCACGCAGACCGUGGAGCAGAGCGGCGCCGAGCACUGCAUCCAGUACAGGAUGCACAUCUCCAGACCCAGACUGGAGCGGGAGAAACCCGCCAGACCGGCGAGGAGACGGCGGGACACGGAGCAACAGAAGGUGGAGGAGCCGGAUGACAUGGAGGAGGAGCCUCCAGAAGACUGGCAGCGGGAGGUGGAGGAGGAAGAGGAGGAGGAGGAAGGGGAAGGGGCGGAGCCUCUAGAAGACUGGCAGCGAGAAGUGGAGGAAGACGACUUGGUGGAGGAAGAGGAGGCGGAGCCAACAGGUCCCCAGGUGCAUGAUGGGAGAGAGAGCAGCAGGACGGAGAUGAGGAAUAGGAAGAUGAUGAUGGUGAGGAUGGGUCUGCCGUUCCUCACUGGAGUCUCCCCCACCGGCUUCCUCUCAGCCAAUAGGAAGCAGCCGGGAGGAACAGACCACCUGGUCCAGGUGAAUGGCAAGCUGUAUCCUCUGGCUAAGAUCCAGUUGGGGAUGAUGGGCGCUCCAUCCGCCAAUCGGCUGGCAGCGUACCUGAUGGGCCGGGUGGGCUCCAACAGGAAGCAGCCGCCCCCCCCGGCCCUCUCCUCGGGGCUUCUGACCCCGCCCCCGCCCCCCCACCCAACCCUCCGUCCGCCACCCGCCCCCCCACCCAACCCUCCGUCCGCCACCGCCCCCCCACCCAACCUCCGCCCCCGUCCACCGCACUCCUCAACCCCUCCCGACAGUGCUCCCCCCGGCAGCUACUCUCCUCCAGUGACUCCGCCCCCCAAAACCUCUAAGGUGUUGAUGCGUCAGUUCCCCAAGGCCCCCACCCAGCUCCCCGGGGCCCCCACCCAGCUCCCCGGGGCCCCCACCCAGGCCCCCGGGGCCCCCACCCAGCUGCCCGGGGCCCCCACCCAACUCCCCGGGGCCCCCACCCAGGCCCCCGGGGCCCCCGCCUUCCGGACCAUGGUGCUGCAGCCGGUGCAGACGGCGUCCGGCGCCCAGUUCUACCGCAGACCGGACGGGAAACUGGUCCAGCUGAUCCCCAUCAACCAGCUGAGACCGGUCCACGCCGAGCCGACCAAUCACAGAGUCCUCCCGUCUUCCGUUCAAACUCCAGGCAACCAAGCGGCUCCAAGCCGCGUAACCGUGGUGACCCCAGUAACCCCCCCCUCCCUGUCCGGCUGCUCCGUGUCCCCCCUGGCCCCCCCGCUUCCCCCCGCCGCCGGCUUCCUGUCUCCGAAGGGGACGUGCACCUUUAAAAUCCUUCCCUCUGACUCCAGCCGGGAACCAAUCACCGUGACCUGUCCCAAGUUCCCCCCAGGACGCCGCUGGGACCCCCCCCCGUCAUCGCUGCACCCACCCCCCUCAUCGUGGCACCCGCCCCCGUCAUCGCUGCACCCCCCCCACCCGCCCCCAUCUCCCUCAAACCCUCCGCGGGCGGGGGGCGAGCUUGGCGUCAAAACAGUGGCUGUGGCUCCGCCCCCGGGGCCUGUGGGGGCGGCGCCUGUGAGGGAGGGGCCUGCGGGGGCGGAGCCUGCGUACAACCUGGUGGACCUGGACAUUAUCUGCGUGGACGAUGAGUUGGAGCCGGUCGCCGCGGAGACGGCAGGCGUGGGGGAGCUGCACGGGUCGAGCAGCGAGACGGACAACUCGUCCGACUUCGGAGACGAACUGGACGGAGACGAAGACAAAGAGACAAAUGUUGACAACCAAGGUGGACAGGGUGGACAUUUUUCUUUGGCCCCCCAGACCUACAAGACAGACAAACAUACAGACAACAUGCCAAACAUACGUUACCUCCACAACGCCCUGGAGAAGCAGCGGCGGGGGAAGCUGCAGCAGCUGUUCCACGCUCUGAAGAGAGAAGUCGGGCUGAGAGAGGAGAGGACCACGAAGAUCUGCACGCUGAAGAAGGCGGUGCAGGUGAUCUCGGCGCUGCGGAGGGCUGGGACCCACCUGGAGAGGAAGAAGAGGAGGCUGACGAAGACCAGGGACCACUUCCUCUCCAUCAUCGCCCCGGCAACAGAGGACCGGGUGAGGUGGAGAAGAGGUGAAGCCGUGAUGGAGGAUGUUUCCACGGAGACGGACCACUCGUCCGAUGAAGAGCGACCCGUUACCACGACGACCAACGUCAUCACCGUCAGCAACGCGGAGAAUGAGGUUCAGAGCGUUGCCAUGGAGACGGUGAAGACCAGCAGUCGUCUGAACGCGGCUCAGAGGCGGCUGGCGAGCAUCAUAAACAUCGACCCACAAAGCAGUUUGAGGUUGAAGGAUCGCAGCGUCUCCACCACCAGACGGCUCCGCUCAGUCAUGGACGGUGAAACGGAGAACAAAAUCCACAGGAAGCUGCAGCACCUGUCCUCCACACAGAGCACAGCCAAUCAGCAGCAAGCUACCCGAGCAGGGGGCGGGACCUCCGACCCUCCAUCAGAAGACUCCUUCCUGCUGACCCAGACUCCCCUGGCCCCCCCCACACCCCAGGCCCUGGCCCCCCCCACUCCACAGGAUAUACACACUCCACAGGCCCCUCCCACUCCACAGGCCCCUCCCACUCAUCUGGCCCCUCCCACUCCACAGGCCCCUCCCACUCAUCUGGCCCCUCCCACUGUGCAGCCCCAGCAGCGUGUCCCGGCCCCCCCCACACCCCUGGCCCCCCCCGCGGCGAGGGACCGCCCGAGGACCGUCCCCAACAUCCUGUCCCGCAGUAAGGUUGCCGCGGCGAUGGCCCCGGGGCUCCUGUCCCUGGGGGGCCCCGUCCUGGCGGUGAGCCCCCUGGUGGCGGCGCCCCCCCCCGCUCCAGGCGUGGCCUCGGUCACUCUGACCAAUCAGCAGCUUCACCUCUCCUCACUGCCCCUCCCCCCGCCCGGUAAGAUCUACAGUAGCCCCGCCCCCCUCACCUUCACCAACCUCACAGGUAACCCACUCACUUAG